AUGGUCACCAAUGACAUGAGAACCAGAUACGACUUUGGUACUGAUCCAGACAAAAUUUUCUGGAUUUACGUCCUCCGUUUGCGAUCAUCCACCCCAGUGCCUGCGCCUCUGCAAGCCUGUCGAGAAGCGCGGGUCCACCUCACAGAAGAUGUUGGUGGCUCCUUGGGGUCCUACAGGAAGACAGAUUUCCACCAACUAGCAGAGGCAAAGGGCGACGGGAUCAAGACGACGCUGCAGCCGGAACUCCGCCUUGAGCUUGGCCUCGGCCCAGAGCUGCGCCGUUACGUCUGGUUAAAUUUCGAGAUGGACAUGAUCUCCAUCGGGGAGAGAAACUUCACGCUCUUUAAGCAGUAUUACAGAGACAUCAAGACGGCUCAAGGCUUGCGCGGCAAACGCGACGAAAGCUAUGAUUACUUUGAUCACAACGCCCUAAGAGAGUUUUCCAAUGUCAGAGAGUGCCACGUGGUCUGUCUCGACGGUAUCGACAUGUGGGAAGAUGCGGAGAUCGGCAUUCCUGGCGACGUGGAAAAAAUAUUGCUAAUCGAUGGGAAAACGGGCGAGACGGCGACGCCCGCUGAGAUUGAGGCCAAAUGGAACAAGAUCCGGGGUGUGGAAAUGAGAAAGGGGGGAGCGCGCAUCCACUAUGACACCAGUGUGCCUUUUGUUCCAUGGCUUUCACCGGGGGUGGUUUGA